GGAUAUUUAAGGAAGCAGCCUUGUAACUGGAUGCAAACUCCUUGAGGCUCAAGUCGAAGGCAUUGAUAUAACAGGUUUUUGUGCUCUCAACUCCUUCACAGACAAUCUAUCAGGAUGGCGAUGAAUGUGAGCAGUGUACAUAUGAGCAGUGGACCCACCACUUCAUUCCUCAAAAGAUCAUCAGUCCCCAAAGCCUAUAGUGUUUUUGGGGGAAUGGGAGAUGCUAGAACGCACAUCUCUUCCACAGGUCGCAGUGUCUCCUCCAGCUAUGGAUCUGGCUAUGGGGCUGGCUAUGGGGAUGGCUAUGGGAGCAGCUAUGGUGGGGGCUUCAACCUGAAGUCUGUGGGUUUAGACACACUCCACCUGAAUGAAAAGGGCACCAUGCAGAACCUCAAUGAACGGCUAGCCAGCUACCUAGAAAAAGUGCGGUCUCUGGAGGCUGCCAACUCCAAACUGGAAUACCAGAUCCGAGAGUUUUAUGAGAAGAAGGGCCCGGCCGCUUCACAUGACUACAGUGCAUACUGGGACACCAUCAAUGACCUGAAGGACAAGAUUAAUGCUGCCACUAUCAACAAUACCAAUGUCCUGCUUCAGAUUGACAACUCUAAACUGGCUGCAGAUGACUUCAGGACCAAGUAUGAGCAUGAGCUGAUGAUGCGCCAGUCAGUGGAGGCUGACACUGCCAACCUUCGUCGCCUGCUCGAUCAGACCACACUGACUAAGGCAGACCUGGAGAUGCAGAUUGAGGGGCUGCAAGAUGAGCUUGCUUUCUUGAAGAAGAACCACGUGGAGGACUUGUCAGCCCUGCGCUCACAGUUGACAGGAACAGUCAAUGUGGAAGUGGACGCUGCACCCCAACAGGACCUUAAUAGAGUUCUGGAGGAGAUCCGGUCCCAAUAUGAAGCCAUCACAGAAAAGCAUCGCCGUGACCAAGAGACCUGGUUCAAUGACAAGACGGCAGCUGUGAACAAGGAGGUUGCCAUCAGCACAGAAACCAUCCAGACCUCCAAGACAGAGAUCACAGACCUGAGGCGUACCCAGCAGGGAUUGGAGAUUGAGCUACAGUCUCAGCUUAGCAUGAAAGCUGCUUUAGAGAAAACACUGGCAGACACAGAGGCUCACUUCAGUGCUAUGCUAGCUGGCUACCAAAACCAGAUCAACAUAUCAGAGGCAGAUCUGGCACAGAUGAGGGCCAGUACAGAGCAGCAGGGCCGGGAAUACAAAAUGCUGCUGGACAUUAAGAGCCGUCUGGAGCAGGAGAUUGCCACCUACCGUAGUCUCCUGGAGAAGGAGGAGAAAAGGACUCCAGGCACAGGUGGUGGAACAACUACAACUGUUCGUUCUGUCAACUAGAGGCAAAGAAAAGAUUGGACAUCUCUUCUCAUUCUGACAAUCAUAUUCAGAGAUAGCUGUCUGUGACCUCUGAAUUCACUUAUUAUUGCAAAUACUACAGUGCAUCUCCUCUGCAAAGUCGAUACAAAUUGUGUGCCAACGAGAGGAAGUUUUGUAGGAGGUUUUUAUUGGCCUGUGCUGUAUUAACCAAUUAUUGAUGAAUAUAGGAACCAAACUGUUACUAAUGUGCCAUUUGCCUUUCUUCCUGGCUUUAACGCCUUAACAGAUGAUAGAAAUUGCUUGAAAAGAUUUACUCACUUACUGUAGUGCAAUGCUCACAUUUCUGAAAAUAAAUGUUUCACAAAUUCCAAAUUGUCUGUUUUAUAUGAACUACAUAAUACAUUGUCAUCAUUAAAUUUAGUAAUCAAUUUGAAAGAUGAAUCCUGCUGCAUUGCACUCACAGUAAUGCAUUGUUCAGAUUUCUAAAAACAAGACUCCAAAUUGUCUGUUUUAUGUGAACUUAUAUAAAAAUCAUACAUACAUCAUGUAUCUUUCACUAUGCCUGUGGUAAGGUAUAAUAUUUUAACAAAGUGUUUUCAUUUUGUCGCCAAGAUAGCAGAAUAUUGUGAGAAUUAUGUAUAUCUACCACAGGGGAAAAGUAGAAGUCAAAUAAUUUGGUUGCUUAGUGACCUAGGGCACAUGAAUCAUACUCUGAAAGCAUAUAUGAUUAAAAACUGAUUCUAGAUAAGUAAGCCUUUAGAUCAGGAUGUUGGCCUGUGGAAUUGAGUAAUCAACCUUGGGUUUGAGAUUUUGCUGCAAUACUAAGCCAACAUUCUUGGGUCUCCGCCCUGCUUAUAUCAGUGUUACCAGGAGGCAUGUACAAACACAGGGAACAGAGGGAUUUUUUUAUUGAUGUGUACCCAUUCAUUAGGCUCUUGUUCCUUCAGUAUGGACAAAGCGGAAGGGUGGUGGUGAGUAGUUACUAUAUGUGGGGGGUCCAAAGUCCGGAUAUGCUUAGAGAUCCUUACAGAUAACAAAGCACUGAAGUUUGAUUUUGUUGGUAUGGGAACCUCAGUGAAUAGUAAAACCAAAAACACCUGAGAGCAAACCAUGUCUUUGAUAAACAUGUUUCAGAGAAAGUGAUUCUAAACUGAACCAUGAAUCAUGGCAAUUUACCCUAUAAUCUGUAUUACUGCAUUACAGCCAGUACUAAUCAAGUGUAUGUUGUUCUUCCCAUUCCAUUUAACAAAUACUGUGCCUGUUAGGUUUUACAAAUUUUAGGGGAGCCAUCAUAACUAUAGCAAUGACAGGAUGGUCUUAGUUUUUUUCUGAAUUCUGUAUCAUCCUGUCUUCUCAUAGUUGUCUCAGUUAACUUUUGUAGCAGACACCAGUUCAGAUGAUCUAAUAUGCAGACAUAUCAUGUAAUGCCAUCUGUUACUAUGCAAUGCAAUCCUUUGACUCAAAAAGCGGUUUCCGCAGCUGCCAGCAGAAAAUGUCAGUAUACUUUAUAAGUUAUCUUUAAAAGGAAGGGGAGGACUGACUAAUUUCUUUGUUUUUACAGCCAAACAAGUGUCAUCCUUGUCUAUUAAUAAUGUAACUUCCACCAGACCAUAAAAAACAUCUCUUCCUACAUAACUGCAUGUUGGGUUCAUCUAUAGUCAGUGAUAGAGAGGCUUUUAUGUGGGAGCUGUAUGAUGAUGGAAUAACCACAAUUGUACCUUCUCAUCUCGAAUAAAGCU